AGGCAGAGACCAACACUUGGCUGGGGGGGCAGGGCCUGGGAGGGAGGCAGUGGCUGUCUGGGAAGCAUGGAGAGAAGAGGCUAAGCUGGGGCCUAGGGGCGAUGGACCCCUAACCCUAGUGUCUGAGGCAUCGUGGCCCUGGCCCCUGUAGCCACAUCACAUAUGUGCUGUGCUGUAUCCUGAAGGAACAAUAAACCUCUCUCUAUUCUUCCACUGGCGGAGUCUGUUCUUGCUGCUGCAGGAUUUGGAGGAACCCUGACUGUGCCAUCACACCUCUCUAAAAGCAAGUUCCUCACUUGUACAAGCUCUGUUCCUCCUCAGAUGGAGCCAGAAACAGAUGCUCAGGAAGAAAAACAACAUUUGAAAAGAGAGGACAACUUUCAAGGCCCUUCCUCUUCUUUUAAGAAGCUAUGUCCUGCCAAACCCUCCCCCAGCUUUCUUGAGCUUCCAUUUUCCCAACGGAGGCCCAGCCCAGGUUUCCCCUAUGCCCAGGCUGCAAAGCUAUGGAAAGGACAGAAACAAUUCUCCCCUGACCAUCAGCCGCAGGAAUGUUACGGCCUCCUGGAGUGCAUGCACAACAAUAUCCAGAUCCAAACCCAGAUUGCUCAGGCACAGUUGCACAUCCUUGAAGGCUUGCAGGAAUCCAUGAGCUUGCUUCUGGCUAGCGAUGAGAAGGGGAAGGAACAAAGAGACCAGGAGCUCCUGCAGAGCUCGGCCUCCUCCCCCACCUAAGCCAUCCAUUGGUUGGUAGCUGGCUCUUUUUCCCAUGAUGUCAUCUCUGCGGCCACGUCUCCUUUGUGUUCAUUCUGACGCUGGCUUGCAAGCGUAUAGCCGCGGGAUUGGUGUUUGUCUUAUCAUGAGAAUUGAUAGGGCUAUUGCUAGAGGUGCUGUGCUUGGAAGUAAAACUAUUGUAAAUACUUUCCGUGUGAGUUUUCCUUCGAAGGUGCACAGC